AUGCACAGUGCUUGCAUUAUAAAUACUUUGUUGGGCUGAGAAAUUGAGCAUAGAUUUAUGACAUGUGCUCUAUAUGCUGUUCUCUUGCAGACGAUAAAACUAACUCUGGGCGUGUGGUACUGGAAAGAUGAUACCAACACACUUGAAUUUGCAAGCUCCAAACCAGCAGCUGAGGAAAACCUUAAGAAAGGAAAAAAUGCUCACUUGAAGGAAAUACGUGUCAAGACAUUAAAGAGCAUCUUCCAAGAUGAUUGCAGUGCAACGCUCCCUGAAAGAAGUCUAGCUGACAAAGAAGAAAAUUUGUGUAGGCUGUCCAAGGGAGUAGAACAUGAAUAUGUGACGUUGGAUGAUGUAAAAUGUGCUGCUUUGCUUUUGAAAGAAGCAAAGGAGUCACAUCACAUGCUGUCAUUUGCAGCAGUUAUGAGGAAUGAGAAACUAGAUGAGUUCCUCAUGGCCCUGCUCUUCUACCUAUCUUUUUACCUGGAAAAAAUUGCCCUGGAAAAGAAACGCAGAUCCUUGAUUUCGACUGUGAUAUUUUUAGAGAAUAAAGAAAUGGACAAUGUGUUGGCAAGGUUAGCGGUGGCCAGGAUACACCUUGCCAAGGCGUACUCGAACCUUAUCUUUGAACGAGGCAUGGCACAGCAGCACCGCCCUCCUGGUGGAAAGAGAAAAACGUCAUUGCAGAAAGACCGGCACUUCUUUGAGGGCUUCUACAACUUCUGCAGCUAUGUGGCUUGGCUUGUGUUCAGACGGAAGCACUUCCAAGUGAUCCAGGAAGAAAUUGGCAGGCUUCUUUUCUCCGACAUAUUCAAUCCCGCCUUAAGAUACAUGAACAAUGCUGACUUGCAGAAGGCAGGAGACAGGACUGCUGCUGCAGAUACAGUGCGAUUGCCAUAUCUGAGAAAAGUCCAUGCCAAGCAUCCUUCCAUAAACUACAUGGUUCAUCAGCGCUCGCCAGUGCUCAGCACACUGCUGCCCUUGCCAAAGGAGAGUGCUCAAUACCUCUCCCAGAACCACUACUGUUGGGGGAGAGACCCUCAGUCUUGCACGCGUGGCUGCCUGCCAGACUUCUCCAAAUUGUUAACUGCCAAGGUGGGCAUCAUUGGAGCUCACUGUAGUGAGUUAAAGUCUUUAGUGAGCAUGACUGGUGGGACAGUGGAGAAGAAGGAAGAAGACGAAGAACAAAAACAAGGAAGAACAAGGAGUGAUUUCUCCAUCUGGACAAGUGACCUCAGUUUUCCACCUUUGAGAAGCCCCCAAAACAGGCUGAGUAGACAGAGCACGGUGCUCUCAAGAGCAAUGGCAGAAGCUGAUUGUAAUCAGAGCAAUUAG